AUGUCAAACCUCAUUGAACUUCAAAGGAACUAUAUUUUAUCAUUCAUCAACGCGAUCCAAACAGAGCACAAUCUUAAGUUCUUGAUCAUUGAUAGCACGGUUGAUGAUCUACUGGAUAGUCUUUUUGCAGACAGAAGUGAACUUCUGCAUGUUGUCACAGCUGUUGAUAAAAUCGACUCCGUCAACCGAAAAGGCCAGCCAUCGGUAGAGGCCAUAUACUUGCUGGAGCCAACCAAGUUCAACAUUAAUUGCAUGGAUGCAGAUUUCAGUAAUAGGCCUGCGAAGUACAAAAGAGCUCACAUUAGGUUUUUACCGGGCUUCCGAGGCAACCUGGUUCGUUUUUUCGAUUCCAAAAGAUAUCUUCCCCAAUACAUCGGGACUUUAGCUGAGGUCGGAUGCUCUUUUACUCCCAAAGAAUCAAUUGUAUUCCAAACUUUGGGAAUUGACCAACCGCUUCAAAUCUUCUACAAUAAGCAGUGCUCAGAUCUGAUUGAGGUGCAUAUUUCCAAAACUGUCCAGUGUUUAUUGAACCUGUGCAUCGUUACUGGCGAAUAUCCAACGGUGCGGUAUUCUCAGCCAUCAUCAGAAACCUACGCAGUGAGCCCCGCAACGAUGUUGGCCAAAAAGCUGGCUUUCGAAUUUCAAGAGGCCUUGGACGAUUAUGCGAGGAAAGAUGAAAGCUUUCCACCGCCUUCUUCUAGACCACGAGCGAUCUUCCUCAUUACAGAACGGUCACUAGACCCCUUUUCUCUGUUCUUGCACGACUUCUCUUAUCAAGCCAUGGCGUAUGAUUUGGUUCCUGAGGUAGAUACCAGAACCGACACGUACACUUAUUUUGCCGAGAAUGAGCGCGGGGAACGAGAGGAAAAGUUAUCCCGACUAAGGGAAUUGGACGACACAGACUGGACAGAACUGAGACAUCAGCACAUCAUGGAAGCAACUGAGUAUCUCAAUGCCAAAGUUAACGAAUUGAUUGCAAAAAAUCCACUUCUGGUGGAUCGCGCCAAUGUCAAAACCACCACCGAUCUUCUAAGUGUGGUCGCACACCUGAAAGGAUUUGAUGAAGAUAGAAGACGGAUAGCUUUACACAGAACAUUAAUUGACAAAUGUUUGGAAGUUAACGAGCAGAGAAAGCUCGCUGAACUAGCGGAUUUCGAGCAGGCCAUGGCGGGCUUUGGUGCUGAUGCAGAGGGAAAUAGGUACAAGGGAGCAGUCGAAAACCUCUUAGACUGUUUGCUAAGCAAGAGUGCCAAUAUCACUGACAAGGUCCGUUUCAUCAUCAUUUAUGCUUUGUUUCGAGGCGGUCUUAUUGAAGAAGAUUUUGCAAAGCUUCUAUCAUUCAUAGGUGUGACGCCCGGUCAUUCAUUUUACAAACAUUUUAUGACACUAUUCGCCAACUUCCAUUACGUAGGCAUCCCACUAGUCAGAGAACGACCAAGCGCUAAACCAUUCAAAAAAGACUGGCAUCAUGAUACGAUUUUAAAUGAUCCAAACACCUAUAAUACAUCGCGGUUUGUUAAUGCCGUUUGUAAUAAUUUGUCAAAAGUUAUAACCAAUCAGCUUUUGCUAAGUGAGCAGGCCUUUCCUUAUGUCAAAGACAAGCCCAUUGAAGCUCUAGAAGAAGACACGAUAGACGAUGGUUCUUACAAUUAUUCUUCCACUUCUCUUAGAAAUCCUCGGCAUAAAGCGUCCUGGACAAGAAAAACCACCCAAAACAGGGCGCCCCGACAAAGAUUUUUCUACUAUAGUAUAGGUGGUCUAACAUAUAGCGAGAUUCGGUCUGCUUAUCUUCAAUCUCAGCUGAAAAACAAAGACAUCUUCAUUGGCACAGACGCGAUAUUGACCCCUCUUGAUGUUAUGCAAAGCAUUGAGAAACUUAGCGAACCAAGGGAAAUACUCAAUUUAAAGUGUGACAGGAAAGAAAGAGAAUCACCACCAGACUACUUAUUUGACAGGGCGGUGGCACCUCCUAUAGCUUCUCAACAUGUUCACAAAGCUUCCCACCAAAAAGAAAGUGUCAAUGCAAAACCUGUGAUGCCCACGCCUCCACCCCAGGAGAAGAAGCGGUCAAAACUAUCGAAAUUCUUGAGAUCUAAAUAG